CUUUGUUCUACUGCAGCCAAUAGCAUUACGUCACGAAGUAAAACAGGAUGUAAGUAAUACCAGAUGCUAACGCCGCAACUUAUUGACAGGGAAACAAACGAAAUUCACCUCAGUGAACAACGUAGCUUUAUUUUUUUCAUCAGAGGUCGCCUGGGACGUUAAGUAUUACGUUAUUAACUUGAAGAUUAACUUAUUAAGACUACCGGUUUCCGUGUAUCGCCUUUACUAGCAAAGCGGCUGACAGGCUAGUCGGCUCGACGCAAAUGUGAUUGUUCGCCGACAAGGGAAAAUACACAGAGAAGACUGCGUCCAGGGCGAGGAGAAGGAGAUAUCUCAUCGACAUGAGUGAAACUAUUGCAAGUAUUGUAGUGGGAAGCAUCAGAGAGCUGUGAAUGCUCUAGAGGCAUGAACUCUGUUUCCCCAAGCACAGCAUACUACACCAGGGGCGUGAUGCAGGAUGAGCUGGUUGAGAAAGGGAGACAGCAGGCCAUGGAGCGGCAGGGCAGCUGUAAUCGUGUGCCUCCUCAGGCUUCAGAGUCCAGGAAAGAGGCGGCUGAAGAGCCAGACGAGAUGGACAAAUUGAAGGCAAAACUCAUGUCAGCGUGGAACAACGUCAAAUAUGGGUGGACUGUUAAGUCUAAAACUUUUUUCAACAAGAUUUCACCCGUGACUGUUUUGGGACACCAAUAUCUGCUGAACAGUGAAGAUGAAGUAGAACGUUUCCGAUUGGCGUUUGUAUCCAGGAUCUGGCUGACCUACAGGCGGGAGUUCCCUCAGCUGGAGGGGUCCACAUGGACCACCGACUGUGGCUGGGGCUGCAUGCUCCGCAGUGGUCAGAUGCUUCUGGCUCAGGGACUAUUAGUACAUUUGAUGCCAAGAGAUUGGAUUUGGCCUGAUGCUCACCAGUUUACAGAUGUGGACUUUGAAGUGUUCAGACCACGCUCCCCAGCUCGGGCUGGAGGGGUCCCCAUCCCUACUUUUGGGUCUCCGCGAGGAUCAAAUAACCCUGAAAAGACUAUUCCCAACGACCAAGUGCUCAAAUGCAGUCAGAAGAAGAGGCCUGAGUAUGCGAGGGACAGACAGGCAGAGCAGGUUCACCACAGGCUGGUCACCUGGUUCGAGGAUCAUCCCCCGGCACCUUUUGGAAUUCACCAGCUGGUGGAUAUCGGUAAAGCUUCAGGAAAGAAGGCUGGUGACUGGUACGGUCCCUCGGUGGUGGCUCACAUAUUGCGGAAAGCAGUAGCAAAAACCUCUGCUCUCCAUAACUUGGCUGUAUAUGUGGCCCAAGACUGUACAGUGUACAAGGAGGAUGUAGUUCGUCUGUGUGAUCUACCACUGAGCCAGACUUCCUCUGAUGGAUCCAGCCAAGCCUGGAAGUCUGUGAUCAUACUGGUCCCUGUCCGACUGGGGGGUGAAACCCUCAACCCCUCUUACAUCGAAUGUAUCAAGAAUCUCUUAAAGCUGGAGUGUUGUAUUGGAAUAAUUGGAGGAAAACCUAAGCAUUCUCUAUAUUUCGUCGGCUUCCAAGAUGAGCAGCUGUUAUAUUUGGAUCCUCACUACUGCCAACCUGUGGUGGAUGCAACACAAGGCAGUUUCUCUUUGGAGUCCUUCCACUGUAGCUCUCCCAAAAAGAUGCCCUUCAACCGCAUGGAUCCCAGCUGUACCAUUGGCUUCUAUUCUAAAAACAAGAAGGAUUUUGAGUCUCUGUGCUCUGCUGUUAAUGUGGCUCUGUCAUCAUCCGAAGAGAAGUACCCCAUCUUUAGCCUUGUAGAGGGAAAAAGCCAGGAUUAUGGAUUGGAGGGCCACAGCAGCAGCAGCAGUCACAGUGGAUCCAGUGAAGCUCAUAUUUUGCCCCAGAGUCGCGUGAGCACAAGUAACAACAGAAGAAACAGUGAUGAGUUUGUCUUCCUUUAAUGCUGCCUGUAGGAUGCGUUCUCAGCUUUUACCAGUAGGGGGCAGUAUCGGUAAAUCGCCUUCUUAAGAGAAGAACUCUUCUGUUACUCAAACACCUGAGAACAUUUGGAUACAUACCAUACAUAUCAUUUCUAUGUGUAUCCCAGUGAUGGUGAACUAGCCUGACGUCCCCUGGCUGGAAUAGGACAAGCUGGACUCACUCUGAAUAGUGUUACACUAUUAAGCUCACUGUUCUAGUGAAGGGUCGUCCAUUGUUGUUUUUGUCUUGUUGUUUUAUGUACCCACAGCUGUACAU